AUGUCUCCCACGGUGGGACUCACCCUGGUUCAACCUCCACCGUCAUGCCACGCGAUCGACGUUGUUUCGCUGUCAUCCGCACCGACAACGACGCCGACGACAGCGACGACGACGAUGAGUGCGAUCGCGACGCCGAGCCCGAUACCGAGCACGCCGCGGACGCCGCCUCCGCUGGACCCGCGGGCAAUCACGGACCCGAGCGAGAUUGCAGCGCAGCUGGCGGCCCUGACACGGCGGGAAGCGGAGGUGACGCUGGCGCUGAACGCGCUGAUCAGCGACCGCGCCGGUGUCGACGGAGCACUGCAGCGUCUCCAAUCUCUGACACCGCACAUCGACUCGCUCUCCGCCCAAGUUGACGGAGUCGGCAGCUCCUCAUCUUCUCGGCCAUUACCGGCACUGAGGCGAGACUCGCAGCAGUCCCUCGGCCUCGGGUCGCCAGGAUUAGGCCAGCACGGCUUUGGCUCUCAGCACUUCGACGAGACAGUGCUGGGACAGGAGAACGAGGGCCUCGUUUCGCGCGUUUCGAGGGUGUAUGAGACCUCUGAGCGCGUGGGUGGAAAGGUCAGGCGGCUGGACGAGGAGAUCGGCCGUGUGCGACAGUCCGCCGACGUCGUGACCGAGGUGCUGGAGCUGAAGAACUCACUGGCGAAUUUGCGCGGAUACAUCGAGAAACACGAUUGGGAGAAUGCGGCGAGGGCAUGCCGAAGGGCUAUGGACGUGCGGCCCGACGUGCUGAACGGUGGCUUUGCGGCGACAGUAGUGCCGACGACGGAGUCCCCGCUCCCGCCGCCACAACAACUCGACGAGCUGCGGCAAGUGCUCCUGACAACGUUUAGGGCUGAGUUCGAACUGGCCGCAGACAGACGGGACGAGCAGGAGAUUUCGCGGUACUUCCGUCUCUGGCCGGGAAUCGGGGCCGAGGAUGAGGGCCUGGCAGCGUACGGCGACUUUGUUGUCGAGCUCGUCCAGUCUCGAGCCCGGAAGGACAAGGACGGUCAGCGCUCUUCGCCGCUAUACUACCUUGCGCAGCUCACGAGUCUGCUUGAGGCAAUCGCCCACAUUGUCGACCAACACCAGCCUGUCAUUGCAAAGUACUACGGUCGAGGGCGUAUGGGCAAGGUUGUCGCGAGACUGGUGCGGGAGAGUGACCGCGUUGUCCAGCGUUUGGUCGAGGGAUGGGAGGAGGAGCGAAGAGUCGGCCGUCUCAUCGCUGACACGGAGAGUUCGACCUUCCCGCUGUUGAGCAACCCCGCGCUGCUGCCGCCACUUUUCCCCAGUCUCGUCUCCACGGCUGGUCAACUGUCCCUGGCCAACCUGGCGAAUACGACGAGCAACAUCUCGAAUGCCCUGCAGAGCUACGCGCCCCGUGUGAAAGGCGGGGUGACGCCGGCGGCGACGCCGAUUCCGGAAGAGGACACUGGCCCCGACGCGCGCGAUGUCGACCGAAUCCUUGGCGAGCUCGUAGCCCUGGGAGGACGAUGGGCGCUCUUCCGCCGCUUCAUCUUUGCGCGGUUGCGCGAGGAUGCCGAGCCUGACGCUGCGACGUCUGACCCGUCUAAACGCGCCGAGGGCGCCGACGGCGCCGAGGACAGCGGAGAGGGCGAGGUCAGUGCCAAGACCGCCGACGUUGACGAGAGCAUCCUCACGUCCUCGCUGAGCCAGCGGGCGAUGGAGAACCUGCUCCGGACAUACUAUCUCCCCUUGGAGGAGUGGUACCUCCGCACCGCGGUCGAGAAGGCGCACAAGCUCGACCAGGCGGAUGCAGGCAGCAAGCCGUACCUCUCCUCGAUUCUGGACGACACGUUCUACCUGGUCAAGAUCGUUCUUUCGCGCGCGCUCUCGUCCGGAUCGCUCGAUACGCUGGCGCGGAUGCGGCAGCGCGUCGCCCAAGUGCUCGAGAGGGACUACAUCGACGUCCUCUCGCGCAAGAUGGAGGCGGUGUAUGCCGCCGGCCAGGGCGUGAGCUACGACCGGGCCGAGAAAGAGCGGAGGGAAAAGGACCAGCGCACAGCCGUCAUCAUAUACCUGAACGACCUGGAUUUGAGCGGCACGUACGUCGAGAGGCUGCUCUCUGAGUGGCGCGCCCAGCCCCCCGCGGUCUGGGACGAGAGCGAGCUGCCCCGUGUCACGGAAGAAUUGGAGCUGUUCGGCGACCUCGCGCUCAAGUUCCGCCUGAAGUGCAAGGCUGGGCUUGAUGCGCUGUUCGCCAACGUGCUCCGCCCGCGCGUGCGACAGCUCCUGGAUGAGGUGUACAAAGACGUACGCUACGUGCUGGACGAGGACAGCUUUGCGGACGCCGAGGAGCGCGACGUGGUCCGCCGCCGCUUCGUGCGCCUCUUCACAACCCUGACAGAAGAAUACAAGGCCUACCUGUCCGAUUCCAACUUCCAAUCCCUCUUCGCGCUGCUCCUUGAAAGUCUGGUUAGGCCGUGGGAGAAACUCGCCAUGGGCCUGCAGUACACCGACUUUGGAGCUGUCCGGUUCGAGAGAGAUAUCAAGAACAUUGUCAACUUCCUCAACAACCAGACGAGCUUUGGCCUGAAUGUCGUCCGCGAGAAGAUGGUGCGGCUGAACCAGAUCGCACUCGUGCUCAACUUUGACGAAGACGAGCUUGCCGACAUUGACAACGUGGGCGUGCCGUGGCGACUGUCCAGUAAUGAGAUUCAGCAGGUGCUCGAGCUCCGCGUUUGA